AUGGUAAAUCUGCUCUCCCCCCAUGCUGAAAAGGGACCUGCUGCACAGCAGCCCCAGCAGAGAGAGGAAGCCAGCCCUGACUGCCUGCAGCCAAACCACAGCAUGACUUUCACCAGGGUGCUACACAUCGCAGCUCUGUUCCUGAUGCAAGCUGACAACGUCACUGUCACCCAAUUGCCAAAGCAUGCUGGUGCUCAGUUCCAGCUUCUCCACUACUGCAGGGAUUUUCCAGGAGCUGGCAGUGAAGUUGUGACUCUAAAGGAAGGAGAGGACCUAAGCCUCAACUGCACCCUCAGCAGCAAUGACAGCUCAGCCCUGCAGUGGCUAAACCCUCAUGGGUUUGUCAUUUUUCUUAACAACCAGAGGGCUUUAAGAGACCAGAGAUACAAACUUAUCCAUCACUCAGCAGAUGAAUUAUCCAUCCAGCUUUCCAACAUCACGGUGCAGGAUGAGGGUGUAUACAAAUGCUUCUGCUAUGGCAGCCCAUUUAAGAGCAAGAACAAGACUGUGGAGGUAUUAGCUGCUCCUCCUCCUCCUGUGCUAGAAGUAUCUCAAGACUCAGAAAGAAUCAUUACACUGUCUUGCUAUACCCAAGGGUGCAAACCACAGCCCCACAUUACCUGGCUGCUGGACAACGGGAUAGAGCUCCCUGGUGACACUAAGCACAAGUCAGAAGCUGAUGGGAAGAAGUGGACCACAACCAGCAGGCUGACAGUGCUUGCCCAUGGGCCCAACUCAACAGCCAGCUGCAUCGUUCGCCACCCAGCACUAAGGGAAGAGAAGCUGAAGUUGUCUUUCCACUUUGAGGACCUCCUUAGGACAGUGCCAAAACCAAACCCUGCCCCAGAGGUGGACACACAUGUCCCUGAGAAUGAGCAGUCUCCAGUGGCCACAGCAGGGUCAGAUCUCCAGAGCAACACAACCUCCACCCCAAGCCACCCACAGCAUACUGGAUCUGAACAACGAACCAUACCUUCUGCAGCACCAGAAGAUCCAGUAGUUAGCAGCUCAGCACCAGCACCAACCCAGCAAAACCUCCAACCAGGUUUCACAUUUGCUUGGCCUGAAGUGACACCAUCUGCAGCAGCGAAGGAAGAACUGGCUGGUUCAUCAACUUAUCAUGUCCCCAAUGGAACUGAAGCACCAUUCAGUGGCAAUGUCACAGAAGAGGAACUUUCCAAGACAGCAGCUCCACUCCCAAGUGAAAAUGUAACUGUGAUUUCCACCACCUCUGAGGAAGAUCUGAAAUCUGAAGGCAUCAAAAAGAAGGAGAAGAAUCUCCUGCUGCCAAUCUUGGUGGCUACUCUGAUUUUUGCACUGCUUAUCAUUGUCCUGCUUUUUAUGAGGAAGGUGAAAAAAGCUCACAGAGUGUGGAAGAGAGAAAAUGAUGUUUCAGAGCAGACACUGGAGAGUUAUAAAUCCAAAUGUAAUGAAGACAGCCCAGGCCAUGAGAAGAAUGGACAUGGUGUCAGUCAGAAGUCCAACACACAGUAUGUGAGAGGAGGCUGCGUAGAAACAACACAGAAGAAUGCAAGAGACAAAAGCAUUGCAACAAGAGAGGAAGUGCUUGGAUGUGGAAGGGAAACACAUGUAUAGCCAUGGCAAA